UCCGGAUCCCACAGAAAAUGAUGCAUCCUGUUGCCAGUAGCAACUCCCCUUUCUGUGGGACUGGAAAAACAUCUUGCCUUAAUGAUGACAAUGGGACACCCACCGAUCAGUUUGAUUUAUAUUCCACACAGCAAACCAAGUAUAGCCACACAGUCGGGCACAAGCCAAUACCAUGCCAGAGACAAGAUGCAUUAAAUGAACCACAUUUGCAGACCACAAGUAGCAGAAAUUUAGAGACAAAAGAUGAACUUAAAAAAAAGAAAAAUCUCAACAGAUCUGGAAAACGUGGAAGGCCUUCGGGGACAACAAAAUCAGCGGGGUACAGAACGAGCACAGGUAGACCACUUGGGACCACCAAAGCAGCUGGAUUUAAGACAAGUCCAGGUAGACCCUUGGGUACAACUAAAGCUGCAGGUUACAAAGUCAGCCCGGGGAGACCUCCUGGUAGUAUUAAAGCUCUAUCACGGCUUCCAAAUCUAAGUUAUACUUGUAGCAGUGCGGCUUUUCCUUACUCUGUGGUGCAUAACAGAGGAGUACAUGCUACUGGUGAAACAAGUAGCAAAAUCAAACAACCCACUGAAUAAACAUGUAUAGGUUGAUAAUAUUUCUUCAGUAAUCAUUUUUAAAUUAUCUGAGUUGUGGCAUGUUUUUUCACUUCUUUUGUAACUUUUUCACAACUUCCUUUCCGUUUUUAAAAAAAAAUAUGGCAUAUCAUAAACAUACAAUGUUUCUUUGUACAAGUGGAAUUCUCAGUGAUGCGCUUAUGUAUUUUCAAAAAGUAAUUGCAAAUAUUCUGAGUGACAGAAAAUAUUGUCUAGUCAUUUUAGUUAAGGAGCGAUUAAUUCAAAUAGCAUAUUUCCAGCUCCUUGAUUUUUGAAGAUCCGAAAAGAUUAAAACAAAUCAGAAUAGACGAAUAGAAACCAAUAAUUCAGGACUGUCUUAUAAGUAAUAGUAGUUCUAUAAAUUUUGCAAUGUAUAUGAUUAUUUUUUUCUUUCUUCUUUAAAUAGAAAUGAGUAGAAAUGAAUUUUUUCCACAAUUGCUGGAAUUUAACACGGACCUCAGAACUUGUAGAUAUGUCAAAACUUCGAAGCUAUAUUUUUAGGAAGUUAUCAUUCCAGGCAGCCAUUCAUUGAAGUGCUAUCAGUUACAAGUAAUUCAAAUACUUUGUUGAAGACAUAGUUUGUAUGCAGCACCUGAUCUAUAAUCUAAGUGCUGCUUUUCCAUUACAGUAUGGUAUCUCUCUCUCUUGGAAGUGCAAACUCUUGCACACUUGAGUUACGGUUUAUAAGGCCUAAGACUACACACACCAAAUUAUAAAUAAUAAAAUAUCAGAAUUUUUUUAUAAAUAAGUUCUUAAAAGUGCUAUCAAAUAUGCAGUUAAUAAACAUAAUGAAGGUUAUCUCUGAGAUUUUGUUCUCUUAUUAGUCUAAUUAAUUUGAGUGAUAUAUAGCAUAAGCAAAGUUGUAGAAUUGCCCUGUAUUUUUCAAAAUCUGUCAAGAAACAAGUUCAAAAUGACUUUAUAAUAUCUGCAUAGCUGGCAGCAUUUUUUUUUUUUAAAAAUAAAAUUAAAAUAUUUGGUAUAAUUGAAAACUAUACUUUUCAGAUACUUGAACUUCCCAUUUUUAAAAUAAUUUUGUCAGUACAAAACAUCUGGAGCUAAGUGAGCAUAUAUUUACCAAAGGAAGACAUUUCAUGGUUCAUAAUUGGAAAUGGUACAGAUGAUGCAUAAGCAAGUUGUGAUUUGAUGUGUUUAUAGAUACCCAGAUAUCUAACAGAAUUUAGGAAUAUAUCUAUGCAUGGAGGUGCAGAAUGAUAAAUACAAUUUCUGAUUUUUGUGCACCUAAAAUAAAUGUUCUGCAUUGA